AUGGCUCCAAAACAUGGCCAGUGGGCACACUUGCGGCCUGAAGAGGUCACCCUCCUGGAUUAUGCGGCAGAUGACUCGCGUGAUAUCAUAACCCUAUCAGACAAGGAGAAGCUGGUCCUGCAGCUCGCCAACCAGAUUCAGGAACAACGGCUCGAAAAAGCGUUGCUGAAGCAAGAGCCGGAAUCUCUCUCUGGCGAUAACGUGGAAGAGGCGCUCGCGACGGCCGAACGCGAGCUCCUAGAGGCGCGAGCUACCCACACCGUCAGGAGGAAAGCCGCUCGGAUGGUGCUCAUGACGGAUCCGAUUCUCAAGGCGGUACACCUGAAGUCUACGAUUCCGCCUGAAAAAAGUCUACUCCGACUAGUUAACCGGCGCGACGUGCUCGCGCUUGCGCAGGAGAAUCUAGCCUCGGCUCAUUCAGCCGUGCUUGAACAACUUUCUCACGCAGAGGUUGAGAAUAUCCAGAUCAACCAAGAGAACCAGAAACUUGUGAGCGAACUGCUUGAGCUUACCAAGGAAGAUUCCUCUUGGAGGGAUCGACUACAGGACGCGCAGCUCGCGUCGCAGCUUGAUGAGCUGGAAGCGGAACUCAAGACCAGUCAAGCAAAAUGGGAUACGAUGAAGAGUAUUGCCAGCGCAAUGGUUGUAGGCAGCGGGUUAGACUGGGCUGAUAAUGAUACCCUACGAGCGCUUGUUCUGGAUGAAAGCGACGAUUAA